AUGGGCCGCGACGGCGGCCGAGGCGGCCGCGGCGGCCGCGGCGGCCGCGGACGCGGAGGCGGCAGGGUCAAGGCCGUGGACCGCGAGAUCGAGGAACUCGAGGGCGCCAUCGAGGCGACGAAACCGGAGAAGGGCACGAACCCGCUCGCGGUCGCGCCGAGGAAAUCCAGCGAGAAAGGCCUCGGCGCGUCGCUCGUCGGCGUGAGGAAGUUCAAAGACGUGCCGCUGUCGACGCCGACGCAGCGCGGCCUCGCGGACGCGAGAUUUAAGGAGCUCACCGCCAUCCAACGCGCGACGAUCCCGCACGCGCUCGCGGGGCGCGACGUCCUCGGCGCGGCGAAGACGGGCAGCGGAAAGACGCUCGCGUUCGUGAUUCCGCUUCUCGAGUCGCUGUACCGCGCGAAGUGGGGGCGGCAGGACGGCAUCGGCGGGCUCGUCAUCGCGCCCACCAGAGAGCUCGCGAUGCAAAUCUUCCAGCAACUCCUCGCCGCGGGGAAGCACCACUCCCUCAGCGCGGGGCUGCUCAUCGGCGGGAAGAACGUGAAAGAGGAGAAGGACACGGUGAACAAGAUGAACGUGCUCGUGUGCACGCCCGGGAGGCUGCUGCAGCACAUGGACGAGACGCCGAUCUGCAAGCAGGUUCGGUUCGCGCACGAGAUGUUCCGGCGGAUGCGACCGGGCGUGCCGAUCGCGAUGCUCCACGGGCGGAUGAAGCAAAAGGCGCGGAUGGGGACGUUUCGGUCCUUUUGCGACGCCAAACACGCCGCGCUCUUCGCCACCGACGUCGCCGCGCGCGGUCUCGACUUCCCCGCCGUGGACUGGGUCGUCCAAGCGGACUGCCCCGAGGACGUGCCGUGUUACAUCCACAGAGUUGGACGCACGGCGCGAUACACGUCGGAAGGGAAAGGGCUGCUGCUCCUGACGCCGUCCGAGGCGGCGUUCGCGAAGGAGCUCGCGGCCGCCAAGGUGCCGCUGAAGACGAUGAAGCUGAACCAGGCGAAGAACCGGCCGAUCACGUCGUCGAUCCAGGGUUUACUCGGGAAGGACUCGGACUUGAAGUACCUCGCGCAGAGGGCGGUGGUGUCGUACCUGAGGAGCGUGUAUUUGCAGCCGAACAAGGCGGUGUUCGACGUCGACGCGCUCGACGUCGAGGCGUACUCGCACUCGAUGGGGUUGCCGAACCCGCCGCGGCUGCGGUUCUUGAAGGGCGGCGGCGGCGCGGGCGCGGGCGCGGGGGGGUCGUCGAAGGGCGGCGGCGGCGGCGAGGACGACGACGACAGCGACGAAGACGACGACGGCGACGGCGACGGCGAGAAGAGGGAGGGGGGUACCGCGGAGGAGCAGGAGCAGGAUUCGGACGACGAUUCGGACGACGAGGAGGCGCGGGAGGAGAGAGGGACCUCCGCGGGCGUCCUAAAACGCGUCGGCGGCGGGCACUUCGGCCUGACCGUGGACGACGCGGACGAGGACGACGAGCUCAUGACGGUCAAGCGCGCGAACCACCGCCUCUCGAACGCGGCCGCGACCGGCGGCGGCGACGGCGACGACGGCGACGACGACGAGGGCGCCGGCUUGUCCGCGGCGGCGCGCGCGGCGCUCGCGGACGGCCCCGCGGAUCUCGGCGCGGCGCUGCGCGCGCGCGCGAAGAAAGGCAAGCUGCGAAUUAAAGACUCCGGGCACGGCGGGAACGCGAAGGUGGUCUUCGGCGACGACGGCGAGGCGAUGCGACCGUUGGAAGCGCUCGGGGAUCGCGAGCUCGGGCCGGCGCCGACGGGCGGCGCGGAGCUCGCGGCGGCGGCGAAGAGGCACUACGAUCGCGUGAAGCUCGAGAGGAUGCGCGCGGACGAGGCGGACCGCGAGCGAGAGAAGGAGCGCCUGCGCGGGAUGCGAGACAAGGCGAAGAUGAAGGCGCGCGAGACGGGCGGGGAGUACGACUCGGACGGCGGCGGCGACGGCGCGACGGCGGUGCUGGGCGGGUCGAGCGACGACGACGACGACGACGACGACGACGACGACGACGACGCGUCGAGCGAAUCGGAUUCCGACCGCGGCGGCGGCGGCGGCGGAGGGAGAAAACGCGGCGGCGGCGGCGGCGCGUCGAGCUCGGACGACGAUUCAGAUUCCGACUCCGACGCCGCCGCCGCGAAGGCGAAGCGCGCGAGACGAACCGACGUCGCCGUGGCGGGGAUGGCGCCGGCGGACGAAAAGAUCGAAUCCCUCGAAGCGCGCGCUCUGAAGCUUCUCGGGUGA